GGGCCUGGAGGCCAAGGCGAGCAGGCACCAGCCAGAGCAGCUGGCGGCAGACGGCGGGCAGACUGUCGGAGUGUCUAGCGGGCCAGGCUUGUCUGCACCCAGGCCUUCAAGGGGACCGGGUUCUGUGGGUCACCAUGGUCCCCAGCCUCCUCCUGUCUCUGCUACUACUUACAAGGCCUGUGCCUGCGGCAGCCUACUCUGUGUCCUUCCUGGAUGAUGUGGGGGGCAGUGGGGAAGCUGAGGGCUCUUCAGCCUCUUCACCGAGCCUGCCACCACCCCGGACUCCAGCCUUCAGUCCCACAUCAGGGAAACCCCAGCUGGAGGGCCCUGCGCCCCCCACCAACCUCCUGGACGGGAUCAUGGACUUCUUCCGCCAGUACGUGAUGCUCAUUGCGGUGGUGGGCUCGCUGACCUUCCUGAUCAUGUUCAUCGUCUGCGCCGCACUCAUCACCCGCCAGAAGCACAAGGCCACAGCCUACUACCCAUCCUCCUUCCCUGAAAAGAAGUAUGUGGACAAGAGUGACAGGGCUGGGGGGCCCAGUACCUUCAGUGAGGUUCCAGACAGGGCGCCUGACAGCCGGCCGGAAGAGGCCCUGGACUCCUCCCAGCAGCUCCAGGCUGACAUCCUGGCUGCUACCCAGAACCUCCGGUCUCCAGCCAGGGUGAUGCCAGGCAGUGAGGAGGGAACAAAGGCAGUGAAGGGUGGGUCGGAGGAUGAGGAGCCCGUCAGCCAGGAGGAGGCCCAGGAAGCACCAGUAUGUGGGGUCUCGGCAGAGAAGCUGGGCGUCCCAGAGGAGUCAGGUUCAGCGGAGGCUGAAGGGAUUCCUGAAGCCAAUGAGGGCCAAGGGGGACCAGAAGGGUCUUCCUCCUUAGCCCCAGAAUCCCAGGAACCAGCCGGUCCCCCUGAAAGUUCCUGUGCCUGCAACAGAGUCUCCCCCAGUGUCUAAGAGGCCCCAAAGCUGCUGGGCCCGACUGCUGAUUCCUUGAGGGUCACCUCCUCGGUCAAGAAAGGCCUUCAGCUCUAACUGUUUUUUGACACCCCUCCCUGGUGAUUGCUGGUGCCAACCCUGACCCCGAAUGGGCAGAGCUGAUGGCCCUGGUGCACCCAAGAAACAUCACCCCCAGUUCCAGUGCCUUUAAUGCCUCCUGCCAUCCUGGGAGAGCCUUCACCCUAAAACACCACUUCUCUGGGAGAGGAAGGACAGUCACAUCCCAGCUGGAGCUGCGAUGAGGCAGUCCACACAGCGGAAGGGGAACAGGCCAGAGGUCCCCUUCAGGCGGCAAACACUGCUGUUUCCAUCUCAGCUGUGAAAAUAAGUGGGCCAUUAGGUUUGGAAGAUGUCAAAUGGGUGGGCCUGCCACACACGGGCGCCCACUGGGAAAGCAAGGUGCAGGCCGUAUCUAGUAGCGACAGACCGCAAAGAAACCUCAUUUGCAUCUCCCAUCACCGGUGUUUGCCACUCUGCCUCUGUUCAGCGGACUGUUAGGAAGCUUCUGGAAGGGGUCCCCACUUACAUCACAGAGUUCUCCUAGACAAUCCAUGAAAACCAAGCUGAAAGUCACGUGAUCUCUCUGAGGUUUCCUACUGGCUGGCUUUGCUACGCUUUUCCCCAAGCUGCUUAAUUAGCAUCAGGAUGGCGGCUAAGAGCUACGAAGUCCAAUCUCACAGCUCCCCACUCUGGAAAAUACUGUUCUCAGCUUUUCUCAAAGGCGGCUUGCUUUCUGAUUGGUUCAGAGUUGGGGUGCGGGAUGCAGGGAGUCUGGCUCUCUCCAGUGUCAAGCAGCUCUGAUGGGUGUUUGUAACUCGUGAAUGCUGGCAUGAGUGGAAUGAGCAGAGACCUUCUCUGUCAGUCCCGGAAGCACCUGGAAGCCAAGGGGCGUUUGGUGCAACUGCCAUUUUUUUGUUUGUUUUGUUUUUGGAUUCUGACGCCCAGCCUGGAGCAGGGCCUGGCCCCAUCCUUCGCUUGCUCGCUCCCACAGUGGUCUGGCAGCCUGAGCCCAUGCCGUUCCUCAGUCCUUGACAGGGCAGAGGUGUCUUAGGGGCUCCCCACACCUCCAUUCACGGUUCCCCGUGUCCUCAGCUCUUCAGGUGUGGCUAUAUGACACAGUAUCGUAAUAAACCUUGAUCU